GGGAAAAGCGGAUGCGUUACUUCGUCAUGUCCUAUUAUAUAAAAAGGCGGGUUAUUUCCGUCUUUUCUCGUUGUCGGUACGACAUUAGGUUUCCUUUCAACCAGAUGUUUGAAAUAGGAUAAGUAAACACUCCAAAACAUUAACAUUUCGGGGAUUUGAGUGCCCCUUUUAUUCUCUCCAAUGGACUACACUGUGAGCGGUCACAAUUGCCCCAUCUGAUGUACUCAAAGAGUCCAUAACAACAGUUCCAUUUCCAUUUGUCUUAGUCUCAGGCGGGGACACGACCCCUCCAACCAUCGUCUGCCCUGCAAACAUCUUCGGUUACGUCAGAGAGAUCACUCAGGUCCUGUCGUUCACCUGGUCCAAUCCCACCGUCUCGGAUGACAGUGGUGUUCAACCCACAGUGACCACCAGCCCAAAUUAUCCUCAGCCCACUGGCAGCUUUGAUUUCGGCAGGUAUCCAAUCACCUACACUGCUGAAGAUGAAGCUGGAAAUAUGGCCUCCUGCACACUCGCCAUCAACGUCAUUUUGGACACCCAACCUCCGACUUUCACAGGUUGCCCGGCUCAACGCCAGUCCCUGUUGCCGUCCGGCAGCGACAGAGUGAUAGUCACAUGGACUGAGCCUGUAGGUUCUGAUAACAUUGGCAUUACCAAUACUGAACGCAGCCAUAGACCAGGAGACAGCUUCAGUUUCGGUGUCACUCAAGUCACCUAUACCUUCUCUGACCGGGCCGGCAAUCAAGCCAGCUGCAUAUUUUCAGUCAAUGUCACUGCCAGAGUAUUUUCAAACCCGUGCGAGAGUAACCCUUGCUCUGGAGGAAUUUGCUUUUACACGAGUAAUGGAUACACCUGUCAUUAAAUAUAUGACUAUUUCAUCCAUGCUCCUGCCAGUGAUGACCAACCAAAUGCUAACCACCGCAGUAUUAGUGAAGGAUUAAA